GGGUGUUCCCCUUCCCCCCUCUUGCCCUCUGUCGCCUCUGCUGCUGCGGCCGACCUUGUUGGGAUUGAGUCGGUCGGUGCGGCGUCUGCCCCUAGCGGGAAACGCCGCUCUGGCAAGGGCAAGGGGGGCAAGGGCGCGGGUGGAGCUAGCGGGGGUGGAGGAGGUGGCGGUGGAGGCGGCGGAGGGAGUGGGGGUGGCGGUGGGAGUGGUGGCGGGGGUGGAGGUGUCGGUGGUAGCCGUGGAGGCGGAGGCGGCGGAGGCCGUAGCGGUGGUAGCGGAGGCGGCGGUGGUGGCGGAGGUGGAGGAGGCGGUGGUGGAGGAGGUGGAGGUGGUCGGGAAGGCGCUUCGCAGCGGAGUAGCUCUGGUGGUGUUCAGCGUCAGCAGCAGCAGCAGCAGCGUUCUCGGACAUUCCCCCCCCCAGCAGCUCCGUGAGUGGUACGCGCAGCGUCAGCGUGGUACUGGUGAGGCCGCUGCUCUAGGUGCCAGUGAGGCUGCUGCUCUAGGAGCCACUGCGUCUGCGUCCUCAAGUGCUGGUGAGUCUGCGCUCUCAGGAUGCGGGGGUUCACCAGUUUACUCCUGCAAGUCAGCGGGUGACCCACUGCUCGGACGCUCGCACACGCCGCACCUGGCCACGUUUACGCGUCGGCCGGGGUCGAGCCUCUACACCCUGACCAUUGAGUCUCCUCCUGUCCCUGCGUCUGGCCAGGUAGCUGCGUCGGGUCAGGUGUUUGCUGCAGCGUCCAGGGGCGCCUACGGGCUGCCCCUCACUCCUCUCAGUUUCCCCCGAGAGGCCCCGCUGCAGACGCUUCACAUGGACGUGUGGGGCCCAGCCCGCGUCCGUGGACAGGGUAACGAGUGCUACUUUCUGCUGGUGGUUGACGACUACUCGCGUUACACCACAGUCUUCCCCCUACGCAGCAAGGGCGAUGUCACUGAGGUGCUGAUCGACUGGAUCCGCGCAGCUCGUCUCCAGCUCAGGAGGAGCUUCGGCUCGGACUUUCCUGUUCUGUGUCUGCACUCUGACCGAGGCGGAGAGUUCUCCUUUGGCCUUCUGCGAGCCUACUGCCGUGCGCGAGGCAUCCGCCAGACCUUUACGCUUCCGGACUCUCCACAGCAAAAUGGGAUUGCUGAGCGCCACAUUGGCAUGGUCAUGGACGUCGCUCGUACGUCCAUGAUACAUGCGGCUGCCCCCCAUUUUCUGUGGCCGUUUGCGGUUCGGUACGCGGCGCAUCAGAUCAACCUUCACCCAAGGUCUCCAUGCCGAGUCCUCCCCAGCCUUGCUAUGGAUGGGAAGGUCGGCGAUGCGUCUGCGUUCCAUGUCUGGGGAUCUUGGGCGUUUGUCCGCGACUUGUCUGCGGACAAGCUGUCCCCUCGUGCUGCUCCUUGUGUCUUCCUUGCUUCCACCCUGACGCCCCAGGGUGGCAGUUCUACCACCCCACCUCUCGUCGUGUUCUAUCCUCCUAGGACGUCACGUGUGUCCCAGGUAGACGCAGUCGAGCCAGUCGAGGUUGCUGGUGACUCUGGUACUGCUGCGGGUGCUGAGCCUGGGGGUGCUGACUCUGGGGUGCUGCGCAAGAGGCCUGGGGGUGCUGCGACUGGGGGUGCUGAGCCUGGGGGUUCUACGACUGGAGGUGCUGAGCCUGGCUGUCCUUCGCCUGGGGUUGCUGCGUCUGGGGCUGCUACGCCUUGGGGUGCGGAGCCAGUGGCCGCUGGGCCUGCUCAUGUGACGUCUGGCAGUGCUGGGCUUGGCGGUUCUCCUGGUUCUUCUCGCCGGGAGCCACUCUCUCCACAGGAGGCGCGCGAGUGGUUUGCCCGACGCUGGAGGCGUACUGCUGGAGCUGGAGCUUCUUCGUCCGCUGUGGGUGCUGGUGCCGCUGGUCCGGAGGUGCUCGUCCCGACUGGAGCUGGAGCUGCUGAGGGUGUGGCGCUGAGGCUACUACUGUCACUCCUGGCGGCGGUCCUGCUGCGGGUGCUGCUGGUGCUACUGGAGGUAUUGCAGCUGGAGGUGCUGUUGGCGCUGUUGCUGCUGGAGGUGCUGAGGGUGCUGGUGCUGUCCCUGCUGUGUCUGGAGUCCCUGCGCGGGCACGGCUAUACUUCGUUCCGCUCCUUCAGCAGGUUUCUUGUCCUCUCUUUCUUCGCUUGCCGACCCGAGUCGGACUCUCUUCGUGCUGCCAGUCCUACUGUCACACGUCUUCUUGCUACUGUCGUCACUGACCCCUCUUUUGAGUCCACUGCUGCGUCUGCUCUUGUUGCUGUGCUCGUCGACUUUGCUGCUCGCUGUCGUCUCGACUACGCUGCUAGUCUUGUUGCUGAGUUUGCGUCUGUCUGUCCUCCGUCCGUCGGGGGUGAGUGUGCUCUUGGCACGGACGUCCUUGAGGACAGGCAGGAGGAGUUCCAGUGUCUGGCUGCUGCUUCACCUCAUCUCGCGUCCGUACUCCUUACCCCUGAGGGAGACCCGGAUGCACUUGACAUCCCGACUCCGCGCUCUUACGUGGAGGCCGUAGAGGGUCCCUACUCCUCUCAGUGGCAGGCAGCUAUGGAUGCAAAGAUGGCUUCCUGGAAGUCCAUAGGCACCUACGUUGACGCGGUUCCCCCACCUGGGGCGAACAUCGUCAGUGGCAUGUGGAUCUUCAGGGUGAAGCGGCCGCCAUGUUUUCCACCUGUCUUCAAGGCGCGGUACGUGGCUCGUGGCUUCAGUCAGCGGCAGGGAGUUGACUACUUUCAGACCUUCUCUCCCACCCCGAAGAUGACCACACUCUUCGGCCUGCACGAGGAGAUCUGGCUGCGCCGUCCACCUGGCUUCACUGGGACUUUUCCUCCUUGCACUCAGUGGAGCCUCCGACGGCCAGUCUACGGUCUCCGCCAGGCACCGCGUGAGUGGCACGACACAUUGAGGACUACACUUGCGGCUCUUGGGUUUGCUCCCUCUACUGCCGACCCGUCGCUGUUUCUACGCACCGACACCUCUUUGCCGCCGUUCUACAUCCUCGUGUACGUCGACGACUUGGUCUUUGCCACUGCUGACACUGCUGGACUCGCCCACGUGAAGUCCGAGCUGCAGAAGAGACACAACUCACACAUGGUGCAGCAGGUCCUUCAGCGCUUUGGCUUCACGUACUCCUUGCCUCAGGCCACUCCUCUGUCUACUCGCCACUCGCUCUCAGCUCUACCUUCGGAUGAGUCCGUAGAGUCGAGUGGCCCGUACCCAGAGCUUGUUGGCUGCCUCAUGUACCUGAUGACCUGCACACGACCUGACCUUGCAUACCCUCUUAGCAUUCUUGCACGCUAUGUUGCUACUGGGAGACAUAGACCAGAGCACAUGGCUGCAGCAAAGAGGGUGUUGUGCUACUUUUGCAGUACAUCGGGCAUGGGGCUAGUGCUUGGAGGGCGGAGUCCAGUGGUCCUCACUGGGCACGCGGACGCUUCUUGGGCUGACGACCAGGCUACGCAGCGGUCGUCACAGGGUUACACCUUCAGCCUUGGUUCCGGCUCUAUUUCGUGGCCGGCUACUCGCUCGUCUUCUGUUCUCGGCUCCAGUUGUGAGGCUGAGAUCUACGCCGGAGCCAUGGCUGCACAGGAGCUUCGCUGGCUCACCUACCUGCUGACCGACCUUGGAGAACCGCCUCGUUCUCCUCCAGUCCUCAGCGCUGUCCAUUGGAAGGGGAGGUGCAGCAGCUGGUUGAGGAAGCAAGCGUAUGUGCCUGUGCGUCUGCUCGUACAGGUGGGCAGCUAG